UGAUUUAAAUACUUUGAUAUAUUUUUGCAUCAAUUGAGAAAUUCAUACAAGGUUUCUUUAUUUAAUUCCAGUUGUGUUGCUUGAUACAACUACUGUUCUUGGAGAGCUAGGAUGGAAAACAUAUCCAUUAAAUGGGAUCCUGCAGUCUCAGAUUUCCACUCUGUUCUGAGACCAGCACUGUAUGUGAAGUGGGUCAGUGUCAGCCAUCUUUGACCUAUUUUCAACACUGCUAAAAAGGGGGGAAAAUUCAAGAAGGCACCGAAGAGGCCGCCUCACCAGACCCUGAUGUUCCCUCUCCUCUGGAUGUGCAUGCUGCAGCUCCAUAGGAGCCAGUGGGAUGCCAUCACUGAAAUGGAUGAACACAACAGGCCCAUUCACACAUACCAGGUAUGCAAUGUGAUGGAGCCAAACCAAAACAACUGGCUUCGUACAAACUGGAUCUCCCGUGAUGCAGCUCAGAAAAUUUAUGUGGAAAUGAAGUUCACCCUGAGGGACUGUAACAGCAUCCCAUGGGUCUUGGGGACUUGCAAAGAAACAUUUAAUCUGUAUUAUGUGGAAUCAGAUGAGUCCCAUGGAAUUAAAUUUAAGCCAAGCCAGUAUACAAAGAUCGACACAAUUGCUGCUGAUGAAAGUUUUACCCAGAUGGAUUUGGGUGAUCGCAUUCUCAAACUGAACACGGAAAUUCGCGAGGUGGGGCCUAUAGAAAGAAAAGGAUUUUAUCUGGCUUUUCAAGACAUUGGGGCAUGCAUUGCCCUGGUCUCCGUACGUGUUUUCUACAAAAAGUGCCCCUUCACUGUUCGUAACUUAGCCAUGUUUCCAGACACCAUCCCGAGGGUUGAUUCUUCCUCUUUGGUUGAAGUAAGGGGCUCUUGUGUGAAGAGUGCAGAAGAGCGUGACACUCCGAAACUGUAUUGUGGAGCUGAUGGCGAUUGGCUGGUUCCUCUUGGAAGGUGUAUCUGCAGUACAGGAUAUGAAGAAAUUGAGGGUUCUUGCCAAGGAACAUCUAUGACAUCUCUUCUGCCAACAGGAUCUCCUUUACAUAACCUACACAGAAGAAAGACUGAAGAAAAACAACAUUUACAAAGUAAUCCCAAAGGUGCAAAUUUUAUAAUAAAAACUACAUGUAGGAAUUGCUCAACAUAUUAAUUAGCUGUACUUUUUAUAUAUUUAAAUAUCAAAAAGCCAUUUAUGCUGUUGACUUCAGUUAUAAAACAGACUAUAUGUACUGGGAUUUCUGGGUUUUAGGAACCUUAGGGAACAGAAAGUUGUCAUAAAAUAUUUCCAGGCGAGUUCUAAGAAGAUAGCUUCCAAAUGGGAUGAGUUUAUCUUGAUCAGAUUCAAGAGAAGUAGGUAGGUUUAUCUUAUCAAAACAGAUGUCCAUGGCUACCACCUUUUCCUACAUUUUGUGGUAAGCUGCCUUGCUGGGGCCUUCUCAGAACUCCGAAUAUCCAGUCAGCUAUUUAGGGACUGUAGUGAUUAAGGACACAGAUUACUUACAAGUAUGUGUUUGCACUUUUUGUUUUAAUGAAGCUAAUUCAAAAGCCAAAUUUCUACAUGUCUGAGCUCUAAAUGUGUUCUGAAGUAUACCCAAGUCAGUGCAAUAGCAGGUGGGACUCAUCCAGGGAUUAAAAAGAAAAGAAUCAUCACCAGAUAAUGCAAAUUGAUCUGAAAGGGCAGAUAGGAUAUGGAGCAGAGACUUAUUAGUUUAGCAGUUUAAUAGACCAAGAGGGAAAGUGUGCCUUUAUCUUUUGUCUCAGAGCCUCUCAGAAUGAUAUUUAACACUAUGCACUUCUCCAGACUGAAGAGUUUUUUGUUCUUCAUAGUAUACCUUCAAUUUUGGAAUUAUUUUUCUCUUUUUCCUCAGUUACUUUCAGUAAGUAAUGGUAAACUUCAAAAGGGUUUAUUAUUUAGUUUAUGCUGCUUACCGGUAUCCAUCUGACUUAGGCAAAAAUCUAAUUGGCAUACUGGACAUCAUAAAUUUACAUCAUGUAAUCUCUUGAGUAUUAAAUUUGUUCAAAUAUUUAUUCAGUGUUUGCUGUAUACUAGGUUGUGUUGCGUCAGGAAUACAAAUAUGAAUAAGACACAAUCCAUGGACUAAGAAGCUUCAAAUUCAGGGGGAGGGCACUAAUGUUUUCUAUCUUGUACAUUUUAAUUUCAAAGUAAGAAAUAUAAAGAUUGUAAUUAAUAAACUAUAGCUGGGCAUUUGGAUCUGAUGCUAAAAAGAGAAGUCUUUAAAUAAAGUUUGAAGUCAGUAAGAUCCAUCUGAUUGUUGAAGAAAUGAUGACGACUGAAAUUGUCCAGGAAAUACAUACAGAAGAGAAGCAAUGGUGGGAGAGGAAAGAGAGCCAAAGAAA